AUGUCUAUUGAUCCAUCCUGGUGGAGCAAACCUCCCCCGAUCGUCGAGGACACUGAGGACACACUUCGUCACUUUAUCCUGGAACCGUUCUCUUCGGGUAGCGAGCCUAAGCCGAGCUUCUACCCGCGGACACUGACGAUCGAGUCGUUGUACGAGAUCCCGCCGGCACCGUUGAGCACCCAAAUCGUGCCGAAACGCUGCCAGGAAACGGGUGCAAUUAUAGACUUUGUCGAGGUUCCCCUGGAAAAUGCCGGAAGUAAUGCAAAAAAUUCCAUGUCCCUGCAGCGUGAACCGGGCCCAGCGGACGACAAUGCGACGCGAGGUUCGGCAGCGAACUUUCCCUUCUGGCCGGGUGGAUUCGACGAACCGGAAAAUACGCUUAAGAUGCUGGACAUUGAUAACGCGGCGUUUGAGGAAAAUUUAAAAACUUGUCCGCCCGGGUUUACGAAUGGAAUGGAGUUUGGCGAUGUGAGGGGUUCCGACGGUGGCAUCAUCGACCUGUUGUCGGCCAUCGAGCUAGAAAUGGAAGGUUUGUCGGUUUGGGAUCGGGAUGGAAGCGACAGUUCUGACGAUGAGCCGAGAUUUGACCCGAAAACACUGAAAGCCGUUCCACUUGGGGAAAAUGUCGAUGAAGAUUUGCUCAAAGUUGAGCAGAAUCCGGCUGAGCAGGUGCUUAAGAUUGCAAAUACGGGCACGAAUGGGGUGAAAACUGCGGAAUGGGCUGAAAUUCUGGACGUGUCCAAGCCGGUGACGGAUUUUCACACUAAAAUUCCCGAAAUGGCGCACAGAUAUCCGUUUGAGUUGGAUAUUUUUCAAAAGCAGGCCAUCAUCAAGCUGGAAGAGCACAACCACGUGUUUGUGGCCGCUCACACUUCGGCUGGAAAGACGGUUGUGGCGGAAUAUGCCAUUGCAUUGUCCAAAAAGCACAUGACUAAAACGAUCUACACUUCGCCGAUCAAGGCAUUGUCCAACCAGAAGUAUCGGGACUUUAAAUCAACCUUCGAAGACGUUGGAUUGAUAACUGGGGACAUUCAGAUAGAUCCUACGGCAUCCUGCUUGAUUAUGACGACGGAGAUUCUCCGUUCCAUGCUGUACUGUGGCAGUGACAUAACUCGAGAUUUGGAGUACGUGAUUUUCGAUGAGGUUCAUUACAUUACCGAUGCCGACCGGGGACACGUGUGGGAAGAGGUUCUAAUUUUGCUGCCCGACCACGUGUGCAUCGUCAUGCUGAGUGCCACGGUUCCGAACACGCUCGAGUUUGCCAAUUGGGUGGGAAAGACGAAAAAGAAACGCGUCCACGUCGUGAGUACUCCGAAGCGACCGGUUCCGCUCAAACAUUACCUGUAUACGGGUUGUGGGGGCAAGUCCAAGGACGACAUGUUUUUGGUCGUGGACGAACAGAGCAAAUUCCUCAUUGAUGGGUUCCGGAAGGCGAAAGAAGCCAUCACGGCCAGGAUGUCCAAAAACGCCAACAAGAACUCUGGCCGUCCGGCGCAGUUUAAUCAGAAGCAGGAGCAAACCCUAUGGGUCGGACUGAUUGAUCAGCUGCAAAAGAACGAUAAACUGCCCGUGGUUGCUUUCACGUUGUCACGGAACCGUUGCGAUAACAAUGCCAAUGCGUUGAUGUCGUGCGAUUUGACCACGGGCCGGGAGAAAUAUCUCAUAACGUCGUUCUUCCAGCUGUGUCUGCAAAAGCUCAAGCCCCCGGAUCGUAUGCUGCCUCAGGUAAUUCAGGUCCAAAAUUGCUUGCAACGGGGCAUCGGAAUUCAUCACAGCGGAAUUUUGCCCAUUCUGAAGGAGAUUGUGGAGAUGUUGUUUGCGCGUGGCUUGGUAAAGAUCCUGUUUGCGACGGAAACGUUCGCCAUGGGCGUCAACAUGCCCGCCAGGACGGUCAUUUUCGACUCGACGAAGAAAUUUGAUGGCCAAACCUCGCGAAUGUUGCAACCGGCCGAGUACACUCAGAUGGCGGGUCGUGCCGGACGGCGUGGCCUGGAUAAGAACGGAACCGUAAUUAUCAUCUGCAAGAUGGGUGUGGCGGGCGAAUCCGAGCUUCAGAACAUGAUCCUUGGUAAGCCAAUGCGACUGGAGUCACAGUUUCGGCUUACGUACGCGAUGAUACUCUACCUGCUGCGGGUGGAACUGGUCACGGUGGAGAACAUGAUGCUACACAGCUUCCGCGAGUUUGGAAAGAGGUUGAAGCUUCCCGAGAGCACCAGCGAGCUGAACAAGAUGGAGGAAAAAAUGUCCAAACUCAACGAUCUUAGCGAGCAUUUGAAGCCAUUGUGCCAGUUUUAUGAAGCAGCUGCUGAAUAUCUAGGGAAAUGGGACGAGCUUAUGCCCAAACUAUUUCUUUCGCAAAAAGUCUCCAACGAGAUGAAACCGGGCCGGGUGUUGGUGGUAACCCACGCACAACACCACAACAAGCUGGCCAUUCUGCUGUCCGUCGUCCAACAAGACCAGAAUACCGCACGCUACAAGGUCCUGGUGCUUGACCACCAAAAAGCGCCGUCCUCAUCGACCGGAGACGCCGAUAAGGAUAACCCGGUAAUGGAACGAGGCAAGCUGUGGCACCGAAUGCUGGCGCUGUCCGCCCAGCAUCGCCACUUUGUACCAGAGGGCGUUGGUGGACAUUGCGUGCUGCAGAUUACCGUCGACGACGUGAUGGAUGUCACGAAGCAGGUGAUCAAGUGUGAUCCGGUUAAAAUUCUUCAAAAUUGGGACAACCGGCAGAUUCCCCGGUUCAAGGACCAACCGCCUUCACAAUCCGUGCUGGACGCGACGGCCGCGCUGAGCGAGCUCAACAUGGACAUUGUGAACGAAAAGACCAAGCUGGAGUCAUUAAAGUUCCAGUUCAACAUCAAUCAGGUUAAACUGAGCGAGGAUUUGAAGCGGGCCAGAGAGGUGCUGGAUCGUUUCCUGCCUUACACCGAUAUUGCCGACUUUGGGCACGAGUUUGCAUUUGUGUACGAUCGCAAACAGUUGGAAACGAAACUGGAAGACCUCAAGUAUCAAGUUUCCUACAAAAGCAUGUCACUCUACCCUGAUUAUUGCAACAAGCUGAAGGUUCUGCAAGAGUUAAAGUACAUCGACGAUAUGCAGCAGGUGGCCAUGAAGGGACGUGUCGCGUGCGAAAUGGGCCAGAACGAGCUGAUGAUUACGGAGCUGGUGCUGCGGAACAUUCUGACCGAUCUGCAACCGGCGGAAAUUGCUGCCCUGCUGUCGAGCUUGGUCUUCCAGUCGAAAACCGAGGUGGAACCGAAAAUGAUCGAAACGUUGAAAAAGGCGCGAGCACUCUUCGAAGAGGUCGAACGGGACAUCCGCAGUGUGGAGCAGAUGUACGGCGUGACGGAUCUGCUGGAACGGGACAAGCUCAACUUUGGACUGGUGGAGGUCGUGUAUGAGUGGGCCCAGAACAAGCCGUUUUCGGAAAUCAUGGACCUGACUGACAUCAAGGAGGGCAUCAUUGUGCGCUGCAUUCAGCAGCUGAACGAAACGUUGUGCAACGUAAAGGACGCCGCAAGAAUUAUCGGCGAUCCGGUGCUGCACAGUAAAAUGGAGGAGGCAUCCAAUGCCAUUAAGCGGGACAUUGUGUUUGCUGCUAGUCUGUACACAUCCAGCACGCCGAUCGAGAUCGAUAACUCGGUGGAGUGAGUGGCGAUGGUAACGCAUUAAUGUUGAAAACAUUUCCUAUUUAAUAAAUUGCAAUUGUUCGUAUCUCUAAUGGGCUUUCACAAUACAUUUGUUUUAAAAAUCUUCUCCGACAA